AUGGGUGAGGUUGAUCGAUGGACAAACAUUUAUCAAGAUUUGUUAAACGAAAUUACAAAGCGGUUUCAUUCAUAUGACAAUGACUACCUUCAACUACGAUUGGUCUGUAAGCCAUGGAACAUGAAACUUCCAAAGAUCCCUAACGGCAACAAAGUUCCCUGGCUGCUACUACCUAUUGGUGGUGGUGGUGGUGCUGCUGCUAAAGAAUCUUGUGAAGAAUUUCAAUCUCGUGAAGAGGAGGACAUUUACCAUAUCAUGCAAUUACCUACCAUUGAGGAAGAAAUUCCUGACACAGGUGGUCUUGAAGAGGAGGGGAUUUAUCAUCUUAUUCUACCAGAGCUGCAAGACAACAACAUAUGUGGUUCUUGUCAUGGAUGGUUGAUAAUCGUCAUGGUAUAUGAAGGUACGAUAAGAAUGUUAAAUCCUUUUACAAAGAUUCAUUUCGAACUUCCUCCAAUUUCAACUCUCCCCAAUGUAAUUGAUAUUAACGGGGAUGAAUGUACUAUUUAUUUUGGGGGCCAAAUUAUCACUCGAAAUACCGUUCGUAUGCAUAAGACCCAAAUUUGGAAGGCUAUUAUAAAUUCAACUCCUACCAACGAUAAUAACAAUGAUUUUAUAGCUGUGGUCAUAUAUGGAGGUCUUUGUAGUUUGGCUUUUUACAAGCCUAAUGACAAGAGAUGGCAUAGAUUUUCAACAAGAUACACCGACAUUUGCGAUGUCAUAUUUUUUCAAGAGAAAAUAUAUGCAGUAGAUUACGAAGGCCAACUAUACGAAUUUGAUACCAAAAAUAAAUCAGGACCAGUGGGAAGAAUUUAUGAAGCCACACCACCUCCAUCGGAUAUUGUCUUCGGAAGCUUCAAGUGUUACUAUCUAAUUGGAUGUGAUAAUGGAAGUUUAUUGAUGUUGAUAAGACAUAUAAGACAUCGUUACCUGGGGAAUAAAAAGUAUUUUGCGGAGACCGUCAAAUUCUAUGUCUAUGAAUUGAAGAAAAAUGAAAAAGCAUGGUCAAGAAUAUAUGAUUUGGGAAAUUACAUACUAGUAAUUGGACUCAAUUCUUCUGUUCAGAUUUUGUCGAGCAAUUUUUUAAAUUGCAAAGGAAAUCAAAUCUACUUUACAGAUAACAUGCGUUUGGUUCACUCAUCAGACUUUGCUACGCAUCAUGACGUUGGCAUCUUCAAUUUGGAAGACGGGACUUUCAAAAGAUUGUUAACAGAUGUGAAAUUUUUUUGUUCUCCUGUUUGGAUAUUAUCCUAA